UAGAAAGAAUAAGGGAAAAUGUCGGCCAGAGUUCAGCGCUGUGAUAACGCUUGUAUUCGCGCGCGGGGUUUCCCUUCGCCGAGCCAAAACUGAUAGAGGUCUUGAAGCAAAAAGGCAGCCACUGGACUCUAUGAAUGUGUGUCUGCGUGACCGAGGCAUGACGCAGUAGCACAGUGAGUGAGUUGACUAAUUCAUGGAUUUGUGUUCGAUUUACUCACCCAAGGCAGUGCAAUGGAAUAUACGACAUUGAUUUAUGAUUUAAAGGACCCGAAUAGCACAGGACAGAAAUCGAUUUGAAGUUUCUUUAUACUGAAAACUAGAAACAAGUUACGUGCUUGUAAUUGAUGAAGGAUACAAGGGAAAUAACUUAGCCUGUAUUAUUUCCCAGCUGUAAUUUAAGGAGCAGUGAUAAUGGUAUAAUCCAUAUAAGAAGUCGAUUAUCUUACCAGAUUUGAUGUCUGUGUAGACAUAAGACUAUGCAUUGACAUUUGAAUUACUGUAAUCAACCUGUCACUGUUUAAACAGCGCCUGAUAUCACGUGACAAACAAAAUGGAGUUUAUGUACUGCAUACCAGAUUUGGAGCUCUUCAUUGAUAAGACCAUCAAGAAAUGUCUGCUGGAGUAUGACCUUGAUGCCAACGACACGGAGGCUGUGCUGGACGACAUGGAGAAGGCUUGGCCGCGGACCCCGCCUCGGGAUUCCGAGAAAGACGCCGCCGUGAAAGACUGCAAUGAUAACACGGAGGUGUCUCGAAGGCGGAGCCAGGCCUCACCCCCUGGGGGUUCAGGAAUGUCCCCCUCCGGCAGUGGCCGACCCGAUACUGCUCAGAGAGCGGCGUCCGGCAAGAAGCCGCAAAGCAAAGUUGCGCCUGAAGCGGCCGGGCCUGAUGCGCCAUCAAAUGACACUAGCAUGGCACGCCCGGAAGAUGGUGCGGAGAAAGCGAUAGGGUCAACCAAUGGGAAGAGAGUCUGUGAUAUUGGCGGGGUUGAGAGUGACAGAAGUAACAGCUCUAGUCCUGACGUCACAGAUGGGAAAGUUUCAACCAACAAGCACACCAAGCUCAAGUCUCGCUUACAACAGAGGUACUUUGAAGCUAGUCAACAAACUCAGGUGGUCAGUGCGCCCAGCCCAGUUGAGCCCGCUUCCCAGAGCAUGACCCUAGCUCAUGAUGCAGGCUACAGGCCAAGUAAUCUGGACAUCUUGGCAUCGGCUGUCAACCUCCACACCAGACGUGAGGAGGAGAACAGGCUGAAUGCUUUGAGGAGCCAGGAGAAACAACUGACGCAGUCAGCUGAGCUUGGCAAUGGACGAAAGGAUACUGGGUUUGGCAGUGCUGCAGACAACAAGACUCGACAGGGAGAUUCUGUUACAAAUGACUCUCUGAUAGUUCAGCAAGAGAGAUCAUUGCCAAAUAACUCACUCUAUACACACCUAUUACAUUCUAAUAGGGUAUUUACAGCUGGACCUUAUGCACAGCCUGACAGACUAGAUAGAAGGCUUACUAAUGAGAAUAAUACUCCCGUUUCACCUGCUGAAAUAUGUGAUAGAGGACUGAGUGCAGAUGCACCUCAUCAGUUUUCUUUACCAUCAAGUAAUGUGGUUAUAUCCCAUAGAGACCGACCAAUGGAAAGGCAUCCCAGCAUAAGUGACUCUGAGAGGUACAGGCAUAGCAACAGUUCUCUUCAUGAAACUAUUGUCUUGAGGCGGGACAUUAACGAUACAUUUGUAUCGGGUCGUCAUGACAUUACCCAGAGGUACCAGUCAGACGUUCCUAGGCAUCAACAAGAUUCUCCGCAUCAAGAAGGAAAAAACAUUGCCCAGAGGCACCAAGCGGAAGUUCCUAGACAUGAUAUAAUUAGACACAAUGCCCAGGGGCAACAGCAUGAUAAUCCUAGACAUGAUUUGAGAGACAUUGGUCAGAGGCACCAGCCUGAUAUUAUUAGGGAAGAAAUUAGAGACAGUAUAGAGAGGCACCAAGUGGAUGUUCCCAGGUUCUCCAUGUUUUCCAAUGCCGUGUCCAGUCUUCAUAUGGCUGACAUCCCAAGAAGUUUUCCACAUCCCUUCCAUGACCAUGGUUCUAGGAUCGCCAGAAUCAUUGCAGAGGAACUGCAGAAGGAUGAAGAUUGCCCUCACAGACCAAACUCUUCAGGACUAUCGGUUCAGAGAAUCGACCCCGAUGAGCCAAAACACAUAACAAAUAUUCACCCUUCUGUGUCAGACUGGAGUAUGUUAAAUAGUUCAUCAAAGGAGGACAAGACUAAUGACAUUGUCAGAGAGCGCAGGAUAAAUGGUCCUGUACGGGAGGACAGGUCACAUAACUCUGUCAGAGAAGACAAAGCAAAUAAUUAUGUAUAUCUUACCCCUUCGUCCAUUCAGCCACAAAUGUCAAGAACAGGCAACUCACUUGACCUGGCACAUUCCGUCAAUAACUAUCUUGUCAAAAAUUCUCAUAUUGUAAAUCAUCAGAUCCCCGCAGACAAUCAGCCUCAGGACUUAAGUCUCAAACCAAGGGGAGACAACAUAACUCAGGGGGCAUCAUCAGAGAAAAGACAUUUGACAAGCCUGCUCAUGAGUUCAGCGUCUCCUUCUCAUGGGCCUUUGACUAGAGGUUAUUUCUCUAGUCCUAACUCCCCUCACAUCACUCAAGCUCUCUCCCAAGAGCCCACACCCCAAAGAAAAUCAGCAUCCCCCACAGUCAACACUGCAGGUCAACCUCCCCACAGGGCAGCUGUGAAUCCCUCGAAUCUUCAAAGAAAUGUUUUAAGUGCUUCACAUACUUUCAGAACUGCAUCCAAUCUACCAAAUUCUAGUAGAACUUCUGCCCAUUAUGGGCACGCCACCCAGACAAACUUCAACCCAGUGGACCCCCAACUCCUUCGAGACAUGCGCAGGUCAGACACAGUGCACAGGUGGUCGGAAGCCAGGCAGUCGGAGGUUAAUAAAAAAAGAGGAAACCAUUUACAGUAGAUUAUUUUCAGUACCAGUGGAUGAACUUUUAGAUAACCCAUUAGCACAGUGCAUUGUCACAGUUAAGUUGGCAAGAAUACCAAAUUGUCAAGAAGCCAAUGUUACACUGACAUAAUCAUUGUGCCAAAUCACAUACACAUCAAAUUACCUAUUGUCCAUUUUCAGGCUAAGUUGUAGCUGUAGAGACUAAAGUACAAAGAAGAAAGAUGUCAACAAUAAAGAAUAGUCCUAAGAUUAGGGAGAUAAACAAGAUAACAGUAUUUAUACUAGGUCUAGUUUUUACCCUGGGACUAAAUUAAAUAAAUGGAAAUAAAUAGAAAUGCUUUAAAUGUCAAUCAGAACCCAAAGGGACAGCAAUGAUACAUUGAAUGUAACAUUACUUACAUGUGUUGUCUUCCUUACAGAAUUACACUCUAGCAUGAACAAGUACCGGUAUUCAAUUAUUAUUUCCUGUUGUGUACUUCGGAAGGUAGUUAUGGUUUCAAUGGUACCAGUACUAGGCAAAUAUUAUGCAUGCUCCUGUUUACUCAGGCCAGACUUAGCAGUAAAGAGGAAACAUUGUUUCAGUUGAAAGAUUUAAAUUUGCCAACUCUUGCCAGUCUUUUUGUCCACACCUUAAACCAAAUGUUACUUGUGUUGCUGAGAUUAUGUUUUUAUUUUCCCCAAGUAAAAUGUAUGCGUCAUAAUACCAGCAGGUAGGAUAGGAAUUUGUCAUCAUUUGCGGGCCUUGACCUCUUUGGGGGCUUGAUAUUUAAUGUAAAAAACACUUGUUUGAGGGCCCGGGGGGUUUCAAAUUCCCCCCCCCCCCCCAUCCCAAAGCUAUGACACUGAAUACCAGUGCUGAAUUCAGAGCUACUAAUUCCUGUCAGUGUCUUUAUGGAGUGACUCAACCAAAAUGAUAAAAGAAAAUCGCUUAAUACUCGGUACUUCACUAGUACUAAACAUUUCAAGGGUGCUUUGUUUUUCAAUAUUUUUGACUGGACAUCACAUCAUUUAAUGACGGAUGGCCAAGUGAAUGAAAUUAUUUGCUUUAUAGAAAUAUUUCAAGCAAAGUGCUUCCCAGUUUCAUAAUAGCGGGGAUGAGAAAGGUGAGAGGAGAGGGGGGGGGGGGUGUCAAUGAAUGGGAUCAGCAUUCCUUUAAACAUAUCUUAACCACACCAACAGACUGGCAGUAAGUUUUACUGCCUCCAGUAGAAUAGAAUAGCACUUGAGCAUUUUUAUUUAUUUUGACUUGAAACCAAAGUGAUCUGGUUUUCUAGCUAGACAUAGCAUGUAGAUUAAUUUAAUAGAAACAUAGCUGGCUAGCAAACUUAACACACUGAGUUGAUAUAGGGUCUUAAAAUGAAUUAUUUUAUUGACUCUAUAGAUGUACCAGAGAGUUCCUUAUAUACCUCAUAUAAUGACUGACUGUCAAUUAAUAUUGUACAGUGUUAAUUAUAACUUUUGAAACUAAGGAGACACCCUACAUUAUAAUCUCCCUUUGUUUCUAUAGUUGGGCUUUGUUUCCAACACAGAUUUGUUGUAGCUUAACAAAGACUGUAAACCAAAUAGAACUUUCUUGAACAAUCAUUCAAUUUCUCUCCUGCACAGGACAGAAAGUCACCUCAAUUAAUUUAUAUUGUAAUCAUCCUUUAUUUAUGUUUGGUAUGUAUUGUGUACAUGUGCUGCCAUUAAUGAGCAGAUUCCAUUAUGUGUAGAAAAUAUUUGGUUUAAAUUUGUGUCUGUACAUUAUGUCAACCUGUUUACAUAAAUGUUUUCAAGUCUUAUUAUGUGUUAUUCUCUGGCCAGAGCAAUGACACACAUUUAAUAUGAAUAAAUAUUUUUAAAAACUUUUACUAAAA